AUGAACUCAACGUACACUUACAUUGGUAAACCCGUGUCUUUUUGUAAAAAUGAUAUUAGUUUCACCUGUAAGGAAAUAUCAUUAGACUUAACCACUGCAGUUGAAAUUUUGAACUUAUUAGACAUCGUUAUUAUUACUGAUCAUGGUUAUAUACUUUAUCAUCAACAACCUGAUACACUAAUCACUUCGAAAAUUUAUGAAAUAAUGCUUGAAUUCAAGAAUGAACAAAAUUCGCAAAAGUUUUUAGAGAAAAGCCAAGAAUCGAUUAAGGAGUGCUUAACCCGCUGGUUGACACCAGGAAUGAUAACCUCUAAUACCAAUACAUAUAUAUAUAAUAAAAAAUUAACCUUGAUAGAUAGUUGGCCUAGAUUUGCGAAUAAUCCAAACAUGUUUGUGGUGAAAUGGAAGGAUAGUCAUACUUCACUUUUGCUUGAAUAUUUGGCUGCUCAUAAGGAAAAGGUUUUACUACUAGAAAGACGCGGUUCUGCAGCUAAGAAAGUGAGAUCGACUCUCUGGAAUGGAGCUUCGAUUUUUUUACGAGAAAAAGAUUGCUUUCGCCUACCUUUUCAAUGUGAAUAUAAGUGGAAGAAUUUAAUGCAGGCUUAUAAUAAUAAGUAUCAUAGGAUUCGGUUUAGUUCACAAAUUGAAGCAAUUCUUGGUAGAUCUAGACAAAACUCGUUGGAAUCAGUUGAGUCUGAUUUAGAUUCUAUUCCUGAAACUAGAAAUCGUAAUAACGACAACGAAUUGUCAAAUGAGACAGAUUUAAAUCAUCCUAAUCCUGAUUUAAAUUUAGCACGUCAAAUUUCAAGGUACUUCCAACCAAGUAAUUAUUCUGCUUUUGUUGGGAUGGAAUGCCCUGAAAUUCUGAAUAACAGCAAUUGA